AUGGAAAGUUUGUCAUUUAUUUAUGGACCGAGCGACUUCUUCCUGGCCAAGGCUUGCAAAGCCCGGUGCCUAUUGGCAGAAUGGUAUAGUGAAGGAUCCUUUGGCAUCCCUACCCAUAUGAAAACGCACACAGACGGCAAAUAUGCAGCGGUAUCCUUAGGCAUGCCUAAGCAUACCAUCGCAACGUCAUGCUUGCGCCUAACCUCUAUCAGAUCAAAAAAACCUGCCGAAACAUCCCGAAGGCUGCCUAGGCGUUCCAGAGGCUGCCGGCUCGGUAUCCCUAAGCUUACCGCGCUUCGUUUUUGUAGCUACAACCGUGAAGAAACCGUAAACAGUAUUCGACUGUUAGAACUACGUGUGCCAAGCCAUGCCGCGACCGGAGGUGAAGCACUGCUUGGUUGCCAGUUUGACCUACAAGGCGAUCUGCUAUAUUCUGUCAGCUGGUACAAAGAUGAUAAGAUGUUCUUCCGGUACAAGCCCGGCAAUGGAAACACUAUGAGUUUUCCUACCAAAGGCAUUACAAUUGAUAUGACACGCUCCUCGAGUGAUGUGGUAACUUUAGUGAAUUUGACCACGGAUUCUGCAGGACUCUAUAGGUGCGAGGUAGCGGGAGAAAAGCCUCGUUUUGACACUGCGGCUGCAGAAAAAUAUAUUACUAUUAACAUCCUCCCAAAGUCGAGUCCCCAAUUAUCAGGGAUGCGUUCCCAUUACAACUUUGGACAACUAGUAACAGUGAAUUGUACGUCUCCGGCGUCCCAACCAGAAGCCCAACUAGUCUGGCUGAUCAAUAACCGUCCCGUUUCAAAAAAACAACUCUUAGGUCCAUGGAAGAGAGUUGUUGAUGAUCCACCUGACACAACAGAAACAACGUUUGGACUUAGAUUUAGAGUUGCGGAAAAGCAUUUUGUUAACGAUAUCAUGGAACUGAAGUGUCAGUCUACAAUAGCGCCUCUUUACCAACGAGAGAAGGUUCAUAGAGUGCUAAAGCCUGGCACGCGGCCAACCACUCCCGAACCUGUAUUCUCAACAGACCCCUUGGAACCCGAAGACUUCAAACAAAUAAGCGAUAAUACUUUCCUUUGGGUUUUACCUCAAGAUACUACUGUUGCCAGUCCUUCCAAUGGAAAUAGUGUAUGGCGGCGCAAAUUUUUUCCAAUACAGUUCAUUACGUUUUUGUUCCAACUUAAAAUAUCUUAUACAUUAUUUUUAUAAUCAAAUCACCUAUGUCAAUUAUAUCGAUACAGUGUACUUAAAAUUACUGUUAUGUAAAUA